AUGAAGAGGGUAUUUGAAGACAUUACAAAUGUGAGCAGAAAGAACAUUAAGCUGACGAUACACAAAUCUGCACAUAGGAAGAAGCUCCUACGAUGGCUAUAUGAGGUUGUCAAUGACUUUGAGUAUUCCCAGGUGACAUUUUCGAUAGCUGUGCUUAUUCUAGACAGGUAUGUAGAGAUGCGAGGGCUUGACCUUACAAAGUACCAGCUGGUUGGCAUUUCUGCGCUUUUUUUGAGUGCGAAGCUAGAAGAGAAGCAUCUUAAAACCUUGGACGAUUAUGUGUUUGUUACAAGCAAUUCGUUUCUGAAACAGGAGAUUCUUGACAAGGAGAUAGAAAUGCUGAAGGCUCUUGAGUUUGACAUGAUAAUGAAGCUUCCGCAUUGUCUUCUGAGGGAAGCACAGAUUGAAAAGAUGUCAGAAAGGUACAGUAUGAAACAAAGGCAGGAGAUCUUUUUUUGUGCAUUUUCGUAUUUAAUAGAGAAAAACAGCUGUAGAUGGAAUGCCCUGCAGCUGUAUACUAAGGGGAUUCAUGAGGCAUCGAGCCUGUUUUCUGGAUGUGAGGCCGACACUGACUUCAAGUUCUAUCUUGAAAACAAUAGAGUGAUUAAAGGCAUAUUUAUGUAUUUGCUAUACAUAUUAUUUGGUUUCUAA